CUUUGAGCUACAUGUCUUUUACUUUAUUUUCCUUUUUGCCCUCAUUCUCUUUCACGGAGGUGAGAGGGAAAAAUAACUGAAAGUGUUAAAAAGAGAAACAGAGCAAAAACUUACAAUUUCUGGGGUGAAGAAAAUGGCUACACUGAGAAUUCCAGAUGUUGUUCCUUCUCCAGAUGAAGACUCUGAAACUCUUGUGAAAUCCUUCAAAGGACUGGGAACUAAUGAGAAGUCAGUGAUAUCGGUGUUGGGACACAGAAAUGCAAGCCAGAGGAAGAAGAUCAGAGAAACCUAUCAGCAACUUUACAACAAGUCCCUUAUAGAUGACAUUAAUUCUGAAUUGUCUGGUGAUUUCAGGAAAGCAGUCAUCCUAUGGACAUAUGAGCCUUCUGAAAGAGAUGCACGGCUAGCAAAUGAAGCCUUAAAGUCGAGAAAGAAAACCAUCACCCAGUUGCAAGUGAUAGUAGAGAUAGCUUGUGCAUCAUCUCCUGAUCAUCUGGUCGCGGUGAGACAAGCAUAUUGUGGCCUUUUCAACCGUUCACUUGAAGAAGAUAUCACAGCAAAUGUCCCAAUGCCUAUACAAAAGAUUCUUAUUGGUCUAGUCAGGUCCUAUCGAUAUGAUAGAGAAUUGGUGGAUCCUAGUACUGCAAAUGAAGAAGCUGCUAUCCUUCGUGAAGCCAUACGGACAAAACAGUUGGAUCAUGACAAUUUUCUUUUCAUACUCAGCACAAGGAAUGGUUAUCAGCUUAGAGCAACUUUUGAGUGCUACAAGCAAAAUUAUGGAUUCUCCAUUGACCAGGACAUUAAGAGCUGUGGAAAAGGUCUGUUGGAAUCUAUCCUGAAGGUGGUUAUCUGGUGUAUCGAAUCGCCAGAGAAACAUUUUGCUGAGGUUGUCAGAGCCUCGAUUGUCGGAUUUGGAACUGAUGAGGAUUCUCUAACGAGAGCCAUUGUAACUCGAGCUGAAGUUGAUAUGAUGAAAGUAAGGGGAGAGUAUAUCAUCGCGAACAAAACUAGUCUUGAUCAUGCAGUUAUUGACGACACAUCAGGUGAUUACAGGAAAUUCCUCAUGACACUGCUUGGUGCUAAAGUGUAGACCUGAUCAUUAUAUUGUUGUGUUUCAAUACUAUGCUACUACUUUGUAUGAUUUAUUCGAGAAUGCAUUAUUGGGGUGGUUUUGCAGUGAAAUAUUUAAUAAUUGGAGAGUGAAUUUGUAUAUAAGUUUGUGGUUUGUCACUUGUUUGCGAGUUAAUAGCAGCUUUUAUUUUCUGAAGAAA